UUUCCUAGGGCGAUCAAAGACGUCUUAAACAGCUGAGGGAGCGUCUCUGCCUUGAUUAUACCAUCCACCACAUCGGAGUAAUCGACCGAGAGUCGGACCACAACCAUCAUCAUGGCCGGACACAACCCUCCCACUAUACUCCUGGACCCGGCGCUGGUCAAAUAUGCCAGCAUGAGCGUCAACCGAUAUAAAUACUUCCGAUGGACCCCACGAACAUUCGGGCUCACCCUUCUUUACGUGGCGAUCAUCCCGUUCGGUAUCGGAUAUGUUGCGUACAAGACCGAUGGAAAAUGGGAUAUGAGAGGGAAGCGGAAGGGGGAUACGGUUUCCGAGUUCUGAGCGAGGGAUGGAGAGGGGUGAGGAAUAUAAGCACGGCUUAUAGACGAUAUCUUGAGUCGUUCUCAUAUGGCUUGGAGUUUGGGGUUUGCCGUGCUGCAAGAACGAUGAAUAUCCCUGGAUGUGCCGACCAUUUCGGGCGGGAAGCAUUGUACAUACAUAGAACUCGGCAAGAAAGAAGAUAUUCGAUGACCGCCA